UUUCACGAAUAUGGUGCUGAUAAUGGUAGCUUGUCGUGCUGCUCAAACAUUCCUUUCCGGUGUUGUAGAUCGCUACAACAAAGAACAACGGACAACGGACGAUUUCUGUUCAUCAAAUCAAUUCCAAAUGAUCAAAUCAGCGACGAUAAAUUAUGUAUAUUCAUUCACUCCAUAUAGUCUAAAUAAAGCGUCCACGACUUCGCACAAACAUUUUGUCAGUCAAUAUUUUGAUCACGGGCCAACCCUGCCGCUCUGACUGCACACAAGACAGUACUAUCUUACGGACAAAGCAACUGAGACUGGCUACUUUUCCUUUGCAGGGUCCCACAGACCGAGUGAUCGCACUAGUUCUAAUGAUGUUGACAUAUUCACACAAUAUUGACUUAGGCAGUGGUUUUUCACAGCAGCAUUUGAGUUUCCAAACACCUUUUUAUAAGUCUGAAGUCUGUCCCCUCCACCCGACCUGUUAAAACCACGCCUACGAAGCCACACAAUUGGUCCAAAAGCGUGAAAGAGCCAAUCAACAGAGCCCAGCUUCUCGUAACAUGCAACACAUCCAUACAGUUUGAAGCCUAUGGGACACAGAAGCGCUAGGAAUAUCUUGGUGCUGGGACCUUACCACCUCUCUGCCGUCAAACGACUCCUUUCUCUGCAUAAGUCUUUACUGAAAUGUGUGUGUGCGUGAAAGAGAGACGAAGAAAUAGUGUGCGUGCGUGUGAGAGUGCAUGUCUGGAACAAGUAAAGACAGAGGAAUUAUUCCGCGCUAUCGAAAUAUUUCAACACAUCGCUUUUGCAGGAGGACUGAAGCCAAUGAAAGCGAAUUCAUUUGAAGAGGAAUGCCGAUAUUGUAGCCUAGACAACAGCAAGACAAUAAGGCAGCAGUCAAUUAAAGCGUAGUUACUCACCCGUGUUGGUUUAAUUCGAAAAUUGUUCGCAAGACAACGCAUAGCAAAGUGCUCAACGCCCGUCAAUCUCGGAAGAAAAUCUUUAUCUCAACACAAUUGAAGACUAAUGGAGUGCAUUUGUUCAUUUCUCAUUGCAGACACUUUGUUGGAACUCAUAGAACGACAGUAAAGAUAAUUCAUACCAUCCAGCCGAACACGAGUGGAUGCUUACUUCUGCAGUGGUGACAGUGGACUUCUCAAGACUUUUCAAUUUGAGACAGUUGUGCUCGUCAACAAAUCUGCAUAGACUGACUAUAGUAUUCAACUAAAUAAAUCCAUAUAUUUGGUACCUGCCUGGACUUGGAUGAGCUUCCUGAUGAGAGAUCCAGUCAUACAAGGAACGAGUAUGGCAUACCAUCCGUUUUUACCUCACCGGGGUCCGGAAUUUGCCAUGAGUGCAAUGUUGGGUCACCAUCCUCCAUUUUUCCCGGCCCUGGCGCUACCUCACAACGGCUCCCUCUCUCUCCCUGGCGCCCUGGGGAAGCCUAUCAUGGACCAGCUGAUGGGCGCCGCGGAGUCCGGCCUCCACUUCUCCUCGCUGGGGCACCAGGCAGCCGCAGCCCAUCUGAGGCCUCUGAAGACUCUGGAGCCUGAAGAAGAGGUCGAAGACGAUCCGAAAGUUCACCUGGAAGCAAAGGAACUUUGGGAAACGUUCCACAAGCGAGGCACUGAAAUGGUUAUCACGAAAUCCGGAAGGCGAAUGUUCCCUCCGUUCAAAGUGAGAUGCACAGGCUUGGACAAGAAAGCAAAGUACAUUCUGUUGAUGGAUAUUGUUGCAGCCGAUGACUGCAGGUAUAAAUUUCACAACUCGCGUUGGAUGGUGGCAGGGAAGGCCGACCCCGAAAUGCCAAAGAGGAUGUACAUUCACCCGGACAGUCCGGCUACUGGCGAGCAGUGGAUGUCAAAAGUCGUCAAUUUUCACAAACUCAAGCUAACGAAUAACAUCUCCGACAAGCAUGGAUUUGUAAGUUCAUCUAAUAAUUCUUUCCUGUUCCAGACCAUCCUGAAUUCCAUGCACAAAUAUCAGCCCAGAUUUCACAUCGUGAGAGCCAACGACAUUCUCAAACUGCCCUAUAGCACGUUCAGGACUUACGUUUUCCCAGAAACGGAUUUCAUUGCUGUAACUGCCUAUCAAAAUGACAAGAUUACACAAUUGAAGAUUGACCAUAAUCCCUUUGCCAAAGGAUUCCGUGACACUGGCAAUGGAAGACGAGAGAAGAGGAAACAGCUGGCCCUGCAGUCAAUUCGCUCAUAUGAGGAGCAGCAGAAAAAAGAGAACGGAACAUCCGACGACUCCUCCGGCGAGCAGGCCUCAUUAAAAUGUUUCGACCAGGCCUCGUCUCCCGCAGUGUCUACCGUGGGGCCUCCCAACCUGAAAGAUUUCUGCGAGAGUGAUGAAGACAGCGACGAUGAAAGCAAUGGAAACCUAAAGGAUGGGCCGGACUCCAGUAAGAUCUCAACCACUACGGAGGAUGGGAAGGAUCGUGGGGCAAGCCAGACUAAAGGCCAUCAAUUUGGUGGCAGUGAUUCUAACGGCCAGUCUCGGGAAAGCGCCCGGAGGACUGAGAAAAGCCAAGCGGACUCACGACAGAGCCCCAUCACGGUGAUCUCCAGCACGACUCGGUCCGGAGAAGACUUCAAGAGUCCAAACCGGGACCAGCCCAAAGCGGACGAGUGCAGGUCUUUAAGCAAGGAGAACUAUAUGCCUUUGACUGUUCAAACUGAAAGCAGUCCGCACUUAAGUCAGAGUCACAUGCAUCAUUUUGGAUUUCCACCGGGUUUCGCUGGACAGCAGUUUUUCAAUCACUUGGGGGGCGCGCAUCCCUUUCUUUUGCACCCCAGUCAGUUCAACAUGGGAGGCGCGUUCUCGAAUAUGGCCGCGGGCAUGGGCCCCUUACUGGCAGCGGUGUCCUCUGCAGGGGUUAGUACCAUGGACACGGCCAGUAUGGCGUCACCCUCGCAAAGCCUGACGGGAGCUCAUGGACUGCCUUUUCAUCUGCAGCAACAUGUCUUGGCAUCACAGGGCCUGGCUAUGUCUCCAUUUGGGGGCCUGUUCCCUUACCCUUACACGUACAUGGCAGCAGCCGCGGCAGCCAACUCCGCAGCCUCCUCUGUUCACCGACACCCCUUCCUGAACGCAGUGCGCCCCCGUCUCAGGUACAGCCCUUACUCCAUCCCUAUGAGCGUUCCGGACAGCAGUCUGCUCACCACAGCCAUCCCCUCCAUGGCGAGCAGUGCGGCGGAGCUGAAAGGGGACGGCAUGGCCACGAGCCCCGUCUCCGCCACCCUGGACUCCACCUCGGAGGUCACCAGCAGGUCAUCCGGCUCGGUCUCCCUGUCCCCAAAAAUGUGCUCUGGGAAAGAUUCCAUGAACGAGUUGCAGAGCAUUCAGCGUUUGGUCAGCGGACUUGAUUCCAUACAGGACAGGUCACGAAGCGUGUCCCCGUAGAUUUUAAUGUUGUUGUUUUUGUUGUUGUUGUGAUGAUCAUAUAAGGACGAUGAGGAUGAGUAUGACGACACCCUUCUAGAGAAUGCGGGUUUAGAAAACGAUCCUAUUGAACAGUUUAGAUUUUGAAAUGCACUUUGGUUAAAUACACAUCUCAUAUGUAUAUUUCUCUUUUGUUAAAUUAAACAACACGUUUGAAAUUUUCCUGUUAUUUGAAUACCAUACAAGUAUUGAAACUGAAAGGUUGACAUGGAUAAUACUCACAGAUCUUUGAUAAGUUGCUGCUGUGUGAUGUCCUAUGUAUACGUUUGUUUUACGUCGAGUUGCUGAGGUAACGAAAUUUGUUUGAUUUAAUGUGCACUCUGAAUUGGUUAUAAUUAUUUGAAUUCACUUCUCUUUAUCUUAUAAAGACUGCUGUGUUUGAUGUAUUAACUGCAUAACUAUUUGAAGCAUAUCAUUAUGCUUAUCGGGGGUAGGUGACACUUUGCAUGCCCUACAAAACGCUACAUGUCUCUUUUAUGACUGUCAGUUUGUUGUUAUGAUUUAUUUUCACGACCAAAUUCAAAUGUUACGAAUAAGGCUAAAGGAAUGCUUCAGGCUGAUCUUAAAACCAAUCUGGAGGAGAGAGAAAAAAAUAGCUCCCUCCCUUUUUUUCUAAGGAAUCAAUCAAUUGGUCUUCGGUUAUUGAUUUUACGAACGAAUGUCUCUGUUUGUCAAAUUAUAAACGCAGGAUUAUGCUGCGAAAAUCCAUAUGCUGGCACUUGUUUGAAGUAUGCCAAAACAGAACCGAGGUUAUAAACUUCAUGUGCGAGUGGUUGAGACUGUCCUAAUUUCGCAUGCCGAAUCCAACAUAAGUAUUCAACUGGAAAAGGGAAUCUGAAAUACAAUUGAAAAGGUAAUAUUGAUUAUAAAUGUAAAUAGUGAUAUAUACAAAUAUUUAUGUAAUUAUUUCAUAUUGAUAUUGCGUGUAAAUACAACGGAGUAGUUUGAUUUUAGGGAUCUGUCCUUAAUUUAUUGUCGAUACCUGUGUAAAGAUAGUUCGUGGGCUAUUACCCUUGUUUUUCCAUCUGCAUUUUAUAUCCCCCUGAAUACGGAUUUACCUGUACCUCAAAUAUCCACAGAGCUAGUUGUUUUAGCGGACACACAUGUGCCAUUGUACCUCUAGCCUACCUGUUGUCUCUGUGUGUUAAGUGCUACUGUUCAGACGAAUGACAGCGAGAGCACACAUCAACAGCUUUCUGAAAAGAAAAAAAAACAUUCGUCUAGGUGUGUGUCAAAUUGGACGAAUUUUCUGUUUAAAAAUGCUUUGCGGCCUGAUAGUAAAAAUGCUGCAUCUUAUUGAAAUAUGAAGGUUCCUUUUGUGUUUCUAAAGUUGUCAUUGGGUUAUGUUGUAUUCGGUUUUUGUCUAGUUUACAACACCAACGAUGUGUUCUUGAAAGUGUCAAUAAAAUAGUAAAAUGCAGUCUC